AUGUAACUUAUCUCCCCUGAACAUGACUAUUUAUUCAAGCUACUUCUGAUUGGAGACUCCGGUGUUGGGAAAUCUUGCCUUCUACUUAGGUUUGCAGAUGACACGUACACAGAAAGUUACAUCAGCACGAUUGGUGUGGACUUCAAAAUCAGAACUAUAGAACUAGAUGGGAAAACAAUCAAGCUGCAGAUAUGGGACACGGCGGGACAGGAGAGGUUUCGGACUAUCACUUCCAGUUACUAUAGAGGUGCUCACGGCAUCAUAGUUGUGUAUGAUGUUACAGAUCAGGAGUCUUUCAAUAACGUAAAACAGUGGCUGCAGGAGAUAGACCGUUACGCCAGCGAAAACGUCAACAAGUUGUUGGUGGGGAACAAGUGUGAUCUGACCACAAAGAAAGUAGUAGACUAUACAACAGCAAAGGAAUUUGCAGAUUCUCUUGGAAUUCCAUUUUUGGAAACCAGUGCAAAGAACGCCACAAAUGUAGAACAGUCUUUCAUGACCAUGGCUGCCGAGAUUAAAAAACGAAUGGGGCCGGGAGCGACAGCUGGUGGUGCAGAGAAGUCCAAUGUUAAAAUUCAGAGCACUCCAGUCAAGCAGUCUAGUGGAGGUUGCUGCUAAAACUCCCCUCCCCCCUUGGUUUGUUUUUUUUUUUUUGUCUCACAACAAUGAAUUUGCAAUCUGAACCCAAGUGAAAAAAAAAAGAUAAAUAAAAAAUACAAAUUUGCCUGAAUUGUACUGUAUGUAGCUGCACUACAACAGAUUCUUACCGUCUCCACAAAGGUCAGAGAUUGUAAAUGGUCAAUACUGACUUUUUUUUUAUUCCCUUGACUCAAGACAGCUAACUUCAUUUUCAGAACUGUUUUAAACCUUUGUGUGCUGGUUUAUAAACGUGUAAUCCUUGUUGCUUUUCCUGAUACCAGACUGUUUCCUGUGGUGGGUUAGGAUGUAUUUUUGUUUUGAUGUUUCUCUUGGCAUGUUUAGAUGUCGGGUUUAGUCUUCUGAAGAUGAAGUUGAGCCAUUUUGUAUCAAACAGCACAACAGUGUCUGUCACUUUCCAUGCAUAAAAUUUAGUAAGAUAAAUGUAAGAUCUGAUUUGCUAGUUCCUUCUUGUAGAAUUAUAAAUGGAAAGAUCACACUAUCUGAUGAAUAGUUUCUUCAUACUCUGCAUAUAAUUUGUGGCUGCAGACUAUUGUAAUUUGUUGCACAAUAUGUAACAAAACUGAAGAAAUGUUUAAUAAAUAUUGUACUUAUUGGAAGUAAUAUCAAACCGGAUGGUGAUACAUAUUGUCUUAAUUUGUAUGGCUAAGGGGGAGAUCAGGCUCUGCAUUGUGCACCAAACAGCGGGGUGUGCAGCCAGGGCUCUCGGACCUCCGAGCAGCCCAGAGACCUUCCCUGCAACUCAAAACUAGUGACUAUGGCCCAAAAAAGCCUGAGUUGUGGGGGUGCUUAAGGCACAGCCGCUGUACCAGAACCACCCGGCCAAUGGUGAGGGAGGCACAGUGCACUCUGAAUGUACAACAGUUCCCAAACUUAGUCUUGGAACUUAAUUUCUUUCUCAAGGACUCUUAUUUAGGGAAUUCCUGUUUGCUUUGCCCAGCAGGGGAAGAGGAGGGUAUUUCCCUAACACCAACGGCUUCAACGUAACCUUGAGGUGGUGUCACUUUCUACCAGUAUAUUAUGUCUUUUCUAUAUACUGUUAAUUCCAUCCUCUUUAAUCAAUACUCUUCUGACUUAGUGCAACAGCUUAGUUCCUACUCUGUUACGGAAGGAUGAAAUGGGGACAGUGAGGCCCCACACCAGACUGUUGCUCCACGUAGGCGCUAUCAUCAUCUCCAACAAUUUGGAACUAACCAGCAGCCAAGAGGUUUUUUUGGACAGUGUGUGAUUCUUUGUACAGAGCUAAUCAAAUCAUUAGUGCCUGAUGUCUAGCUAAAAGCCACAGGAAAGCUAGCCUAUAACACUUCCUAUACGUGUAAAAUUGUUCAGCUUUAUCUAAACUCCAAUGUUCAGCCUCUUCUGUAAAUAGUCUCAUGUUUGAAAGACCAUGUAACAUUCCCCUAGUAGUAAAUAUACCCUGUGAUAGUAAAAAAACAAAAAUAAAAAUAAGUAUAGCCUAGGUAUGUUGUGAGGUAUAAACUAAAAUUGGUGCAAAUAUCCUCUGAUUUUUUUUUUUUGAGGGGGGGUGACUUUGGCUAACAGCUUUUCUUCAACAUAGUUGCAUCAAUCAACAGGCAAUUGUAAUACAUAAAGUAUUGUCAUGGUUAAGUUGAACUCUUCCACUUGAGACCUUCACAAAUAAAGUGAUGUGCUUUCUAUUAGAGAUGUGCUUGUUGGUAUAAUUCAUUCUAGACUGUGACUUGCUCCUCCCCGAGAGCAGGAGCAGUAGGAGUUAGUGAGCGCUGCUGAGCUCAGGAAGCGAAUGGGAAGGAGGUGUCUUGAGGGUAAAAAACAUUUUCCCUUCAGAGAAGUGCACAAAUGAACUUCAAUGUCAAGCUGCCUGCUACAUACUAUCCAAACCAUGUUAAUAUAUACAGUAAUAAAAGCAUUGCAAAACCA